CCAUCGGAUUUCAUAGUAUCGGGGUGUGGCGCCCACAUUUUAACUUGACAAGCAAAAACGGACCCGCAACUUGACCUACAUGAAUGGUCUAAUACUUCGUUUCCUGGAAUUCCAUCCCCACCAUAAGAACGUUCAUUAAAGACCUCCCAAUCAAAUUCAGCAAUGAAGAAUUUGCUUCUGUAAUUACCCAUCCCCCAUACGCACCCAAAAAAAAAAAAUCGCUUCUAUUGACUAAGCAAGACAGCAGAACGUCAUCAGAUUUGUUGUCAGUAUGAUCAGUAUCCAAUCCAUGGCUUUCUUCUUCCUCGUCAUCCUAUCCCUGUUCGCUUCUCCGGCAACCGCAGAUCCUCUCUACAAGAUCUGCGGCAGCACAGGAAACUUCACCAGCAACAGCAACUACAGCUCCAACCUCAACCUCGUCCUCUCCACCCUCUCCUCGAACGCCUCCGCUACCGGAUUCGCCACCUUCACCACCGGCAGCAUCCCCGACCGCGUCCACGGCCUUUCCCUCUGCCGCGGCGACAUCAACGCCGCCAACUGUCUCUCCUGCAUCUCUGUGGCCACGUCCGACAUCCAGCAGAUCUGCCCAAACAGCAAGGACGCCAUCAUAUGGUACGACUACUGCCAACUCCGCUACUCCAACCAGGACUUCAUCGACGUUCCCGACAUCUCCUCAAACAUCAAGGUUUUCAUGAUUAACUCCCAAAAUGUCUCGGCUGAUGAACUUUUGCGGUUUGAAAUUCUAAGCCCUGAGCUGAUGGGGAACAUGUCCGAUCUCGCGGUGAGAAACGCAUCGCGGCUCUUCGCCACCGGAGAGACGGCGCUGAGGGCGGGGGACAGCAUAUACGGACUGGUGCAGUGCGCAAGGGAUCUUUCAGUUGGCGAUUGCCGCACAUGCCUGCAGGGGACGGUGGAUCAGAUCAGCAGGGAUCCUAUGAAAGGGAAGAGGGGAGGAAGGACGGUGGGGAUAUGGUGCAAUAUGAGGUAUGAGUUUUACAAGUUCUACAACGGCACUUCGAUGCUGCAGUUUUCUUCUGCUCAGCCGCCGUCGCCUCCAAAUGGGUCUUCAACGGCGAAUAGUACCCGCGCUGGGGCGGAUUCAUCUCAAGGAGGAAGCAGUAAGCUGGGCAUUAUAUUAGCAAUCACAAUUCCUGUAGUAGUUGCGAUUGUUCUAAUUGCCACAAUUUGUAUAUGCUUUUGGAGAAGAAGGUCAAAGACAAAGGUGCCCGGUGAGGCUGAUCCAGAAGAGAUUACAGAGGUUGAAUCUAUAUUAUUUGAUUUAUCUACACUUAAAGUAGCUACUGCAAAUUUCUCAGAACUCAACAAGCUUGGUGAAGGUGGCUUUGGAUCAGUUUACAAGGGAAUAUUACCAGAUGGUCAAGAAAUAGCAGUUAAGAGGCUCUCAAGAGGGUCCGGGCAAGGUCUUGAAGAGCUAAAAAAUGAAUUGGUUUUAAUAGCUAAUCUCCAGCAUAGAAAUCUUGUAAGAGUACAUGGUGUUUGCCUGGAAGAUGAAGAAAAAUUGCUCAUUUAUGAAUAUGUGCCCAACAAAAGCUUAGAUACCAUUCUUUUCGAUCCGACAAAAAGUAAGCUACUAUGUUGGGUGAAAAGAUAUAAGAUAAUCGGAGGGGUUGCUCGUGGCCUACUUUACCUGCAUGAAGACUCCCAACUGAAGAUCAUUCACAGGGAUCUUAAAGCUAGCAAUAUAUUGUUAGAUGCAGAAAUGAACCCAAAAAUUUCAGAUUUUGGCAUGGCUAGGCUUUUUGGAGGAGACGAGACUCAAGGAAUGACAAAUCGCAUUGUUGGAACAUACGGGUAUAUGGCUCCAGAAUAUGGAAUGCAUGGACAUUUCUCAGUCAAGUCUGAUGUCUUUAGUUUUGGAGUACUAGUUUUAGAGAUUAUAACAGGGAAGAGUAACAAUGGUUUCUUCAAUUCUGAACUUUCUGAAGACCUUUUAAGCUAUGUAUGGGAGAAUUGGAAUAAGGGGACUGUUAUAGAAAUUGUAGACCCAGCAUUAACCAAACUUUUUCCUAGAGAUGAAGUCAUGAGAUGCAUUCAAAUUGGACUUCUAUGUACUCAGCAGGACCCAUCUCAAAGACCUACAAUGACAACAGUGGUUGUUAUGCUCAACAGCUAUUCUAUGUCUAUUGAAGCCCCUUCGGCCCCAGCAUUUUUUGUAGGGAGAAGUGGUAUCAACACAAAUGAGUUUUCAAGAAACUCUGACAUUCAUGAAGAUGGGACUUACAAAUCUUCAAGCAUGACGGUGCCAAUGUCACCUAAUGAAGUGUCAAUUACAGAGAUAGAUCCUAGAUAACUAGUUCAAAAACAUUGAAAAAAAACAAGUUAGGUUGUAUAUUUCUAGAGUAUUGUAAGAAAAUUGUAACAUGGGCUUAUUUUAAUGCAUUUUUAUGUCUACAUA